UGUGUGGUCCAGUGGGAGCUUCCAGCCAAGGUGAGGUCUGUUCAGCCGGCCCCUGGUCAGUGCUGGUCAGCGCUGGUCAGUAGGCUACAUGUAAUGAGCUAAGCUCUUGAGCGGUUUUACUCCAGCCAGAAUACAUUGACACCCAGAUCCCCUCACCUUGACAGACAACAGCUUAUGGUGACACCAGGAAAAGUUAUACUCUACAGAACACAACAUCAUCGCAGCUCUGCAUAAACUCUUCAAAUCAAAACCUCUAUUUGCACUGAGCAGUACUCCUCUGCAGUUCUGUAGCUCAUCAGCUGGUCCAGGAUGUCGUUCAUGAUGAAGGCCAUGUUGGGGAGUAAGUUGAAGGAUAUGACGGGAGGAGGAGGAGAGGCCGAGGUCCCUGCGAGAGAUGGGAAGGAGACCCCUGAGUCUAAAGGAAUGUCCAGAGAGGAGUUCGAGGAGUACCAGAAACAGCUUAUAGAGGAGAAGGUUGAGCGGGACAAGGAGUUUGCCACAAAGAAGGCGGAGAGGGCCAACCUGAGGUCCUGCCUGAGGGACAAGUACCGCCUACCUGAGAGUGGCCAGGACGAAGCCAUGGUGAAGAUGGCGGGAGAUGACCUGGACCUCCCUGAGGACCUAGCCAAGAUGGUGGACGAGGAUGAGGAGGAAGAGGAGGUGAACGACUCACUACUAGGGCAGCUACAUCAACUGCAGAACAUGGACAUGGACCAGCUGAAGACCAAAGCCCAGACCACCAUGACAGAGAUACAACAGGUGGCUGAGGAGAAGUGUGUCGUCAUGUGAUGAGUGAUCAUCAGACUUCUUCUACCCAUUGAUCUUUCUUCAGCAAUUCAGCAGUCCAUCGUGUGAACUUCCACGACAAGUGGGAUUUACCCAACAAGCACUAAGUCUUUGUUAUCAUUUUACAAUAUUGUAUGUUUAUCUUCACAGAACCACCUAAUCUUUCUGUUAUUCAGUUGCCUCAGAAAAUAGGAAUAGCUGAGGCGCUGUGAAAUCAUACUAUAUAUUGUUGCUGAUGAUGAUCACACGGCAUUUUGACUGGUACACUCAAUAUGGCCGCCGGUCCACCCAUCACAAAAUGUUGACUUCAGUGGGAAUAUCCGUUUUAGUGAUGAUAUUUCUAUGUAUCCACAUCCGAACCUGCUGAAACAGAGUCCAGACUGAGUACUUUAACUUGCACACUAAUAAUUCGAUAUUAAACUGAUUAUGACAGUAGGCCGAGUAUGGAAAAAGUAAUGAAAACACCUUCCUCUGCUUAACUUAAUCGGCGUAAGGUAUAAAUCGAAGGAGGCAUACACCGAUUACAACACCUAGUUUUUUGAGCAUUCUUUCAAAUUGUUAGGACAUGUAAACAGCUUAAUCGGCAUUCCAGCGGCAUUCCAGCGGCGUUCCAGCGGCAUUCCAGCGGCGUUCCAGCGGCGUUCCAGCGGCAUUCCAGCGGUGUAUUUGAUCUGCUCAUGUGCCAGCACUGGUAGCACAAGCUUUCCUCUUAUGCCCGAGUAAAGUGAGUUCGGAAAAACUGAAAGUAUGCAUCUUAGAAGUAGUUUACGCAUACAAACUUUAUAUAUAUAUACGAACUCAGAAUCAAAUAGGCUUUGCAAAAAUAACAUGGUCUCUGUGGUAGAAUGUUUAUUUUGAUUCAUGAUUUUAUGCAUUAAUACCAAGUCCCAACAGUAAACAGGAUUAUUAGGGAACUCGUUUAUCUUGGAAAGCAUGUAAAUGUUUUAAACAAACUAUUAUAUUAAUC